AUGACCACAGCACGUGAUACAUCCGCAUGUCCAGUUCUCACUGGACCCAACAAUUUUCAGAUAUGGAAACUCCGGAUCAUCUCAAAGCUAUGUCGGGAAAAUGUUCUCCAGGUUGUUACUGGAGAGGAGCUUAAGCCCUCACCAGGAAAACCUACCUCCUCGGAGGAUCCUGAGAUCACCUGGAUACUUAAGGAUGAGAAGGCACAUGAAAUCAUCCAGGACCACAUCUCUGAUGCUCUCCUAAUGAGGACUGGAGACCUCACCAGCUCCAAGGAGUUAUUUGAUAAACUUGAUGGGACAUUACCUAUCCAGGACCACAUUGCAAAAAUCCAGACAAUUGAUUCACACAUCUCCGGAAUGAAACUAGGAGUUGAUACCAAACUCAUGGCUUUCGCUCUUCUCCAAUCUCUCCCAUGCACUCCUGAAUGGCAAAUAUUUCAGUCAUCAGUAAUCAACACGAUUAAAGAAAAUAAACUUACCUUUGAUGCAGUUGAGAUCCAGAUCACUGCAGAAGUUGCACGACAGUCAGGGAAGGCCCCUGAUUAA